CCUACUGGCCUCUCUCCUCAGCGUUGGCCGCCCGCGGCGUUCCGUUUCGCGCCGCUGCCCGCCGCCUCCCACGCGUGUCUGCCGCCUCCUCGCGGCCAUGGCGUGGAAUCGGAAAUAUAGUGGUCAUUAUGAUUAGCCACCCAAAAGCACAAGAAAUUUUGGAUCUGAUAGAAAAAGGAAUCCUAGUGAAAAUGACCAUACUGAGUGGAACCAGUCAUGUGCAGCUCACUGGCAGUCAUCAGCCUUUUGCAUUCCUCACCAUAAUGAUUUUCUUACUAUCCUCGAUAGUGUUUUACUGUGUGCAGUAUUUCUUAUUUACUAGCUCAACCUCUGCAAAUCAGAGCUGUAGAAAGGCAACUAAGGAAGUUAUUGACCAGCUUCCACUGCAUACUGUAAAGCAUGAAGAAAAGGAUGCUGAUCUUGAUGCUGAGAACUGUGCAGUGUGUAUAGAACAUUUUAAGGUCAAUGACCUCAUCAGAAUCCUACCAUGCAAGCAUAUUUUUCAUAGCAUAUGCAUUGACCCAUGGCUUUUGGAUCAUCGAACAUGUCCAAUGUGUAAACUUGAUGUCAUCAAAGCCCUGAGAUACUGGGGACAGCCUGGUGGUGGGCGGGAGCUGCCUGCUGCAGAAUCUGAUGCUGGAAGUGCUCCUGCUGAGACUCUGAGGGGGGUGUUCCUGCCUGAAGACAGAAGCGUUGGCAGCAACCGGCUCUCACCUUCAUCAUCCUCGUCACCAUCCCCCAGUGAACCUGGGCCUCAGUGCCCUGCCAAGUGUGCUGAGGAUGUAGGGAAAAACGCAGCAUUGCUAGGUGACAGUGUGAAGGAGGCAGCAUGUGUGUGACACUGAAGCUCGCCGUGGUUCCCCGCCUGCUCGCCUGGCUUCUUCACUUUGCCCACUCUGCUUGGCACACCCUUGUUUCCCAGCAGAGAACAUACGGACAAAGAGAUGUAGCACAGGACACCGCCCAGCAGGUGAUUUGAAGAUACUAAAGUUCGAAGUUGGAACUAAAAAAUCCCAAGAAUUGAAGGUGUUCUAUUUAAUCUGAGUUAAAAUAGGGCUCGUUUACACUUAAGUGAUUUGAAUCUCAAGACUGGUUUCGCUUCAGGUAGAUGGGCUUUUUUGAGAUGUCUUAUGUUCCUUAGCCUGGUUUCCAGCUCCUGAAUUCAAGUGAUUCUUUUGCCUCAGCCUCUUGAGUAGCUGGAACUACAGAUACAGGCUGAUCAGGACCAGCUUGUCUUUUAAGUAUGUCUAGCCAGCAGACUUUUUGUGCUGGACUCAUCUACUCAGGAGGCUGAGGCAGGACGACACAAGUUCAAGUCCCACUUGGACAACUAGUGAGACCCUGUCUAAAAAUU